AUGACCGUUGCCAUACUUAACAUCUCUCCGCCGCCUUAUCGCAUCACCAACCGUGCCGAGUACAAGUAUUCGACCUUCUCCUCUCUUCUAUAUCUACCAUUUCCUCUCAUUUCUGUAUUCCAACCUCGAUUGAAUGGAUUUAUUUUGAGCAUAUCUUAUUGCCCUCCGCAUGCCAUGUCGUCCAGCUCGAUCAAAUCCGGAUCCCGCACGCCUCAUGCCAACAGCAACAAUCCAAACUCCCUAAACUACUUCUCCUACCCCGUCACGCAUGUCGUCUCCGGUCUCUACCGUCGUUUCACAGACAAUUCCUCGUCCUCGAAAUCCUCCUCCUCCCGCAACAUGCUCAACCCCCUCAGCAACAACACCUCCACCUCCCCCGAAGUCUUCACCCCCAUCCGAACCGCCUCUCCCUUCCAACCACCACCCCUAACUCCCCUCACAUUGACCUCCUCCUUCGACUCAAUACCAGAACCAGACCUUGACUCUGACUCCCUCCAACAACUCCUCACCCGCGCACUCGCAGAGGAAAUCCGCCUCCUCGUCCCCGCCCGCCUCCAACUCGUCGAUACCUGGCGUUUAGCAUAUAGUCUCGAUCGCGACGGCGCAUCGCUGGGCACACUCUACGCAAAAUGCAGGGACGUCGCGUCCCGGAGUCCCCGAGCGGGUUUCGUGCUGGUUGUCCGGGAUGCAUCGCCCAACGGCGCGGUGUUCGGGGCGUACAUGACGGACCCUCCGCAUCCGGACAACCAUUACUACGGGACUGGGGAGUGUUUUCUGUGGCGGGCGAGUGUUCUUCCGCCGCCGGGGUCGAUGGGGUUGCAAGAUGUUUCUGGCGCGGGGGGUGAGAAUCCGCCAUCGGAGGAUUUGUUGGAGUUGGCUGGUUUGCCGCCACCGCCUAGUGCGGAUACGACGAAUGCUGGACGGUCAACGACGUUGCGUGGAGAGCCGAAGCAGAAGCUGCGGCAGGAUUCGUUUGAUGAUAGUAAUAACCGGCUGGCGCCGCCGCGAUCACAGACUCAGACACCUACGGGGAGCAUCCGGUCGGGGACGAGCACUCCAGAACGCAUCCGCUUCAAGGCAUUCCCUUACAGCGGUGUGAAUGACUACAUGAUGUUCUGCGAGACGGGCUUCCUCAGUCUUGGUGGAGGUGACGGCCACUACGGUCUCUGGGUCGAUUCCGGCCUCGAAAAAGGCGUGAGUGCACCAUGCCAAACCUUCGGGAACGAGCCUCUAUCUGAUGAAGGCGUUAAAUUUGAUAUCAUUGGUGUGGAGGUGUGGUAUGUUGGUGCUUGA